AUGGCAGCCACUCAGAGCUCCUUCAGCACCCGCCGCGACGGCUCCUGGGAUGGCCCUGGGCCGUCUGUGGCGUAUGGCAUACAGCAGCCGUCUUCGCCGACCCUGACGAACCCAGACAUGAUUCUGCCCGACUACGACAAUGGUGAAUCCUACGACAGCCUCUCUCGCGCUCCCUCCUCGUCGGUCUGGUCCAUGGCUCACCCCACAAACGCCGACUUUUCUCCCCUGCCCCAGAGCAACUACCACGCAAUGCCUCUGGGUCCCUCGACCCCCAUAAUCUACGGCAAUGGCACCAUGCUGUCCGACAUUGGAGAGGUGACCGAGGUUGAAAGCAUCGCCAGCAGUCCGCCCAGGCGUCUGACGUCUCGCCCCCUUGUCUCUGCCAGCGAUGGCACUCCGCUUCGAUCGUCCCCGACCAUCGGCAAGGUGCUCGUCAACAGGCGGCCAUUGCACGAGCGCCGCCUGUCCAUCGAGUCGACAAGCACCAUCAACGACAACGGCCGAGCCACCGCCCUCGGCGACUUUGACGACUCCAUCAGUGUUGCCGACAGCUGUUUCCAGGGCGACGACGAGGAGAGCAUGGCCUCCUCCUACGUCGAGGAAAUGCCAGUUCGCCAAUCCGUCACCGCCGUCCGACCGUCCAUUCAGUCCAUCAACCAAGCUAGACCCUCUGCAAGUUCCAUUAGCAAGCGAGCCGAACACAUCCUGGCAAACGCCAAGCGCCGCCUCAAUACCAUGGAAGGGAAUUUGAGCAGGGCGAGAAACUUUGGCUACUCCUCCGCGUCCGACGGCCCUACCCCUUCCCCGGCUGCUCGACCGGUCAAAUCCUUUGACGAAGACAUGCUUUCCAAGUCGUCGUCGAAUCAUGCAAGAAACGUAAGCGAGACGGGCUUGCAAGGGACUUCGAGACCUAUAGAACGCUUCCAGAGAUCGGCCAGCGCUCUCGGUGCAGCUGGUGGUUACCGCCAACCGCUCCUCUCGCCUGUGAGCGCCGACGCUCCUGGUAGUCAACAUGCUCACCUGACCAACAAGCUGUCGCACCAUCCCCUCGACAUUGUGCUUACGCCUUUGAGCGAGGACGGCGACGACGAGGGUCAUUGCGCCAGUGAUAAAUUCGACGACGUUCGAGCCAGCAGCGUCGCCAGCCCGACUUUGAGCUCCUACUCGGAUGCCGGCGGGCCACGAUCUCCGUCGGUGGUACAGGUGCGAGACCUUCAGGACCAGAUGGAGGGGCUCAAGGGCAAGAUCUCGAGCCUCAGACAGCAAGCCCGCGCAGACAGCAUGAAGCGUCGCAGCUUACAGGGCCUCCGGACGCCGAGCCCCUUCACUCACGCGAGGUGGGAUCACGCCGAGUCGCGCAGCGUGAGCAACCCGGACCAGAGGAGCCGCGCACCCGAGAGUCCCUUGAGCGCCGCGGUAUCGGAAGGCGAGAUCGGCGGGAGCCCCGGGGUCCCCAAGGAAGAUGAGGCCCAGGACUUGCCCGGGGAAGAUGCGCCGUCCAUCGUCGGCAGUUAUCAUGAGGCUCGGGAGACUCAAGACCAGGGUGGGUCCGAACGCAUCGAGGAUGUUGAGACUGUUGGAGAGUCGAAUGCGGACGUUGAAUAUCUCAACGGCGCAAUCCAGGACGCGGAAAACGACGAUGUCGACGUAGACGGGGCAGCUGAUACCGACGGCUGGAGCGAAAGCGGCGAUUCCUUGUACCACGACACGUACCAGCAUCCAGUGUCCCAUGAAGAUCGAGAGGACGCGUUCGACUACGAACACUUUUUCCUUCACUCGGCCAUGGGCACCCUGAGUCAACAGGAGCGCAGUCGACGCGGCAGCUCAGGCAGCGAUGAAUCUGGUGAUUCUGUCGAGACAACUCGAGGCCCAAUGUUGAGCCAUGCCAGACGCCCCAGCCUGGACACUUUUACGACAGUUGACUCCUUCACCACCGCCACCGAGGGCCGCGCAAGUCGUAGCUCGUUGAUGCCGGGCGGGGAAUUUGGGGAUGAAGACGCUGAGGUUGAGAGCUUUGCGCUUUCGAGGGCGUCCGGCGGUGGCGACGACGAAGCAAAUCACUGGCAACGAAGCCGGACGCGCCAGAAUUCUGUCAUCCACCGGCCGAACAGCACGACGUCAACGCUGCACCGUCCAUCGGUUUCUUCUUUCGAGUCGACGGGGACAAAUAGGAGCUUCCCGCUCGUGAACAGGGUCAGGAUGAGUGGGGGGAUGUUGACGCCCAUGGGGUCCCCGGGACAGGACCUCAAGCAAGUGUCCGAGUCGCUCAUGACGGAAACGGUCAGCAUCUGCGACAGGGAGAGCAUUCACGAGGCGCAGCCGCAGUCGCCCGCAAUCCAAAUGCUAUCCAAGGAGGACCAGAUGAUGGUGGAACGGGUUGUGGCCAGCCUCGGAAGAUGCGUACUGGGCCUGACGGAAUCAUCGAAAACCGACCCAGGGAGACAGGAGGAGUUUAGGCGAAGGAUCGACGCUGCCAGGAAGGUUCUUGAGGCGGGCCCGGGGUCCUGA